AUGGGCUCCUACGAGCGGUCCAAGAUUCCACAGUAUCCCCCCACCACCUCCACUGGCCAGUUCCACUGUAGCAUCCCCACCACCUCCCACUGCCAGUUCCACAGUAUCCCCCACCCACCUCCCACUGGCCAGUUCCACAGUAUCCCCUCCCACCCACCUCACACUGGCCAGUCCACUUGUAGCCCCCCACCCACUGGCCAGCUCCACAGUAUCCCCCCCCCACCUCCCACUGGUCAGUUCCACUGUAGCCCCCCCACCCACUGGCCAGCUCCACAGUAUCCCCCCACCCACUCCCACUGGCCAGUUCCACAGUAUCCCCCCACCCACUCCCACUGGCCACGUUCCACUGUAGCCUCCCCACCCACCUCCCACUGGCCAGUUCCACAGUAUCCCCCCACCACCUCCACUGCCCAGUUCCACAGUAUCCCCCCCACCACCUCCCACUGGCCAGUUCCACAGUAUCCCCCACCCACCUCCACUGGCCAGUUCCACUGUAGCCCCCCACCACCUCCCACUGACCAGUUCCACAGUACCCCCCCACCCACCCCCACUGGCCAGCUCCACAGUACUCCCCCACCACCUCCCACUGGCCAGUUCCACAGUAUCCCCCCACCACCUCCCACUGGCCAGUUCCACUGUAGCCUCCCCACCCACCUCCCACUGGCCAGUUCCACAUAUCCCCCACCACCUCCACUGCCAGUUCCCAGUAUCCCCCCACCCACCUCCCACUGGCCAGUUCCCACAGUAUCCCCCCACCCACCUCCCACUGGCCAGUUCCACUGUAGCCCCCCACCCCUCCCACUGACCAGUUCCACAGUAUCCCCCACCCCCCCACUGGCCAGCUCCACAGUAUCCCCCCACCCACCUCCCACUGGCCAGUUCCACAGUAUCCCCCCCCACCUCCCACUGGACAGCUCCACUGUCAGCCCCACCCACCUCCCACUGGCCAGCUCCACAGUAUCCCCCACCCCCUCCCUCUGGCAGUCACAGUAG